AACAACAAACACACUACUACUAGAUUUAAUCGAAACUCCCGUUUUUACUCAGCCAGCUUCUGAAGAACUGGUGAUUUCAUCAUCGUCGCCGUUGAUUAGUCUCAGAUUCAGAUCACCGUUCGUAUAGCUGCUGAUUGUUGGAACCUGAAACGCAAAUCAAAAUGGUCGUGCUUGCUGCUUCCAUCGUGAGCAAGUCUGGAAAAGUGCUUGUUUCCAGACAAUAUGUGGAUAUGUCACGUAUCCGAAUUGAAGGUCUCCUUGCAGCUUUUCCUAAGCUUGUUGGCAUGGGCAAGCAACAUACCUAUAUCGAGACAGAUAAUGUGCGAUAUGUAUAUCAGCCUAUUGAGGCUCUGUUUCUGCUUCUUGUUACAACUAAGCAGAGCAACAUUCUUGAAGAUCUGGACACCCUCAGGAUGCUCUCCAAACUGGUACCGGAGUAUUCCAUGUCUUUAGAUGAAGAUGGGAUUGGCAGGGCUGCGUUUGAGCUGAUAUUUGCUUUUGAUGAAGUCAUUUCUCUUGGGCACAAGGAAAGUGUGACCGUUGCACAAGUGAAGCAGUACUGUGAAAUGGAAAGUCACGAGGAGAAGUUGCAUAAACUGGUAAUGCAGAGCAAGAUCAAUGACACCAAAGACGUGAUGAAGCGUAAGGCGAAUGAGAUUGACAAAAGCAAGAUUGAAAAGACUAGAGGUGAGAAGGGAGGAUUUUCGUCUAUGAGUUCAAUGGGUAGCAGACUUGACAGUAGUUUCAGUGACAUGAGCAUCUCUCAUGGUUCUGGUGGUGGUUUUGGAAGUGGUCCUUCGUUUGGCAUGCUUUCAGAUGUUGAGCCUAUCAAUACCAAGGCAAAAGAUCGAUCAAGGUCUUCCGUUACUGCUGCUCCUAAGAGUUCUGGCAUGAAACUUGGCAAGUCGGGAAAGAAUCAGUUAAUGGAGUCCCUUAAAGCCGAAGGUGAAGACAUCAUUGAAGAUGUUAAGCCUACUGGCCAAACCAGAGCAGCUGUCGCAGCUCCAACUGAUCCUUUCACAUUAACUGUUGAAGAGAAGCUCAAUGUAGCAUUGAGACGAGAUGGUGGAAUCAGCAGCUUUGAUAUGCAGGGAACCCUGUCGCUUCAAAUUCUCAACCAAGAAGAUGGGUUUGUCCAAGUUCAGAUUGAAACCGGUGGAAAUCCUGACAUUCUUUUCAAGACACAUCCCAACAUCAACAGGGAACUCUUUAACAGCGAGAGUAUUCUUGGGCUGAAGAGACCUGAUCAGCCAUUUCCCACUGGUCAAGGUGGAGAUGGUGUUGGUCUUCUGAGAUGGAGAAUGCAAAGAGCAGACGAGUCGAUGGUGCCACUAACAAUCAACUGCUGGCCUUCAGUGUCUGGAAACGAGACAUAUGUGAGCAUCGAGUAUGAAGCCUCGUCCAUGUUUGAUCUGACUAAUGUUAUCAUCUCCGUACCUCUUCCUGCUCUGAGAGAUGCACCAAUCGUUAAACAAUGUGAUGGGGACUGGAGGUAUGACUCAAGAAACUCUGUUGUGGAAUGGUCUAUACUUCUCAUCGACAACUCCAACCGCAGUGGGUCAAUGGAGUUUGUUGUGCCACCAGUUGAUUCGUCGGUGUUCUUCCCCAUCUCUGUUCAGUUUGCAGCCACAACUACAUACAGUGGCUUGAAGGUGAACGGAAUGAUUCCUCUCAGAGGCGGUGGUGGUGCGACUCCAAGGUUUGUGCAGAGGACGCAACUGAUAACACAGAAUUACCAAGUCGUUUGAGGAGGCUGUUCGGGUUUCUCCGUUUGGAACCGCUGUUUCUUUUAGUUCAUUGCUGCUUAUCUACUAUCUGGUCUGCUGGAAUAAAAUCUUAAGUUUUCUGGUAUUUUACUAGUUUCUUUAUCGGACUUACUUCUAAGUGCAUCUCCAAUAUAUUACUCUAAAUUUUACUCUAAAAUGGCGUGGAUUUUACUCCAUUUUUUUUUA